ACAUGCAGCGGGAAUGGGCAACGCUCUGAUGUCCGUCGUCGCUUUCUUCCCGUCGAAAUCGUGCCAGAAACUCGUCCUGGGCGGCGACAUCGAGGAGAUGCCGCCGGACAAAAUGCUGGACUUGAGCGGGAGGCACCUGAGGAGGUUCCCGGUGCAGGCCUGCGCCUUCACGCAGCUCCUGAAGUUGUACCUCAGCAACAACAACCUGAGCAGCCUGCCCGCCGAGCUGCAGCUGCUGGGCCGCCUGCAGAUCCUGGCGCUGGACUUCAACCGGUUCCGGGAGCUCCCCGUGGCGGUGUGCCGCCUCCGUCAGCUCUCCAUCCUGUACCUGGGCAACAACAGCCUGUGUGACCUGCCGGCCGAGCUCAGCGCGCUCGCCGACCUCAAGACGCUGUGGAUCGAGUGCAACUGCUUCGAGCGCGUGCCGCAGGUGGUCGCCGAGUUCCGGCAGCUGCGGGUCCUCCACGCCGGCUGCAACCAGCUGGGGGAGCUGCCGCGGGAGUUGCGGCGGCUCCGGCAGCUGCAGAGCAUCUGGUUGCCGGGCAACCAGCUCGGCGACUUCCCGCCGGUCCUGCUGGAGAUGGAGAGCCUGGAGGUGAUCGACGUGGACCGCAACAAGAUCAGGUGCUUCCCCAGCCUGGCGCACAUGAAGAACCUAAAGCUGGUGAUGUACGACCACAACCCGUGCAAGAACGCCCCCAGGGUGGCGCAGGAGGUCAGGAGGGUGGGGCGCUGGGCUGACUACCGCCCCGAGGACCACAUUAAGUCACCGGCGGAGGUCGCGCCCGAGCAAGUGGGAGAGAGCAGGGACGUUGAAGCAGCAGCGAAGGCUGGACAAAACCAGGAGUUCGCUUAAAGAAAAGGUGUAAAGUCCUUCAGACAAUUUUAAACCCCAAUGUCACACGUGAGAAAUGUAAUUUUCAGGCUUCCAGUUUCGCUUUAAAAUAUGCAGAAAGUACUAAAACAUUGAUUUGUUUUCUUCUGAGGAACGUCAACGGAAUGGGACACUGAUAUCCACCCCCACCCCCAGGACUCCAUUACAAGUAGCAAUAAUUAAGCAAGGGAGGGCUCUUGGGCCCAGUGAUAGUGACCCUAUCUCUGAGCCCGGAGGCUCCCAAAUUCAAAUCUCAGCUGCUGCAGAGGUCCGUGGAGUCACACAGCACAGCAACACAGCCUUCGGUCCAACCUAUCGAUGCCGAACAUAAUCCCAAACUAACCAAGCCCCACCUGCCUGCUCCUGGCCCACAAACCUUUCCUAUUCAUGUACUUAUCCAAAUGUCUUAUAAUUGUACCCCCAUUCACCACUUCCUGAGGACGUGCAUUGCUCAGGCGAGCCACCCUCUGAACAGGUUGAUUUGAAAAAUGCCUAAAGCUAGACAAUGCAGCAAAUACUCAUCAGGUUAUGUAGCAACUGUGAAGGGAAGAACAGAGUUAGUGAUAUUAGAAAUUUAAAACAAUUUCAAGUACAAAGUGGGAGGGGUUUGGAACAUAACACUUAAAGGGGAAUUAAAUGCAAAAAGAAUUGCAAAGGAAGUAAAAUGAAUGGUAAUAGGAUACUCAAAAAAGAAACCUAGGAUUGAUAUCAAAGGUGAGAACAGUCAGAGCAGAAUAAUCACCAGUUACUGUUCUAUUUUAUUAAGCAAGGGUAUCAAGGCAGGCAUAUGGAGUUAGGUCAGAUUAGCCAUUUUCUUAUUGAUGGCCUACUUCUGUUCCCAUGUUCCUAAGUAGUGUUGAACUCCAUGUUGAG